CUAGAGGUAUCUCACUAGUCCAUCCACCUGUUGCUGGCUAACUUCCACCAACUUCGUCGGGUUCCCCUCUCGCCUAUUUGUUCCUGCUACUGCUUGCCAGUCACUCAGCAGCGAUCUGAGAGGAGGGGUCAAACAUCCGCGGCGAAUGGGAGAACUAGUGCUCAGUUACUGCACAAUUACGGGCGAACCGGGUGGUGAAUGAGGGCCGAUGGAGGCUACCAGAGUACAUUGUUUAAGGUCGCUAUCAAAACAAUGUCCCCAAUUUGGCCGUUCUACUCAAGAAUCUCGCCGGCUUCUAUCCUUUCUCCACGGCCAUGAGUCUAGCAAACCGUUGGCCCGGUCGACACAGUCCUCGACUCCAAAUCGUCAUCCAAAUAAUCCCGACAACAGAUUGAGUGCCUCUAGCAAGGACACCGACAAACACUUGAGCUCUAUCCUAGACCACCCGCUUUUCCGAAUAGUCCCUGCUAAGCCAUUACCUCAGAGAGAUCAUAAUGGUAAUCAGGCUCAAAAUGUACCCAAUGCUGGAAAGAAAUUAGCGAAGGAUCCUUUACAACUGCUGGACGAAUUAAUAGCAUCCGGACGAGCUGAUCAUAAUACCCUUUACCGUUGUCUACGAGAGUAUGGGCCCCCUUCGAUCCCUUCGAAACUACCUAAUGUCGAAGCUUCUAGCGUGGGAUCGAGAAUCGUUGCAUGGUACUCCGCCGCGGAUUUUGAAUCAAGAAUGCUUUUUUUCGGUAGCCGCCCUACUAUGGGCAUAGCCAUGCCAUAUAUGGUCGUUGAUCGACUUCAAAACACGGUUAUCAAAUGGGUGAAGAUGGUGUAUACGGCGCCUUCGAGUGACGGCCUUGCGAAUUCCCUCCUACCCACACAACGCCUCUGCCUAAUAAACCUUUUACGUGAGUUUGUCACCGCUGAGAUAAAGUAUGGCCAUGGCAUUCAGUCCGCUUUGAGGUACUAUAUCCGUGUCUGCGAAAUAUUACCUCCAGGUGAUAAAUUCAGUGGUUCGAAACAAUGA